AGUGGUCGCGUUUGGUAGCAAAUCUAAACAAAUAGCUAAAAGUGCGGAAUGCAGCUAGGUUUUCCCCUAUUACCUGUGAAAACUGGUGAGGCGAUCGGUACAUGAAAGAGAAAUACACUCCGCGCCUUUUGGUGGUCAGUUUUUGUUGAAAAUUGUACAAGUGUAACGCGAAACAGCUGUGCUUACGGUCAGCGGCUUUCGCUGCUUUGCUUUGCCAACGGUUAAAUAGAGAUUGCAAACAGUAGUUGAUUUGGGUAAAUGUGAAAACUGCAUUAUAGCCUACAUACAGACAUACAUACAAGCAAACGCUUAUGAGAGAAUGCAGUGAGUGUUACUGAAAGCAUAGUUAUCAAACCGCUUGAUUUUAUAUACAUAUACAAAGUAUACAUGCUAAGUGGGAUAUGGUGAAGGCGGAGACAAGGAUAAGCGUUGUAACGGGAACCGGCCCAAGGAGCAAAAGCAGCGAUAAAAUAAUGAACAACAGCACAUUGAGAUCGGUACUAUUAGCAUUGUUGUUUUGCCUUUAUGCGGCGCCGUCAGCAGUAUCGUCGGAAGUUACAGUAAUCACAGAUCCAAAGUUCAGCGCACCUAUUGCGAACGUGACGGCAGCCGUUGGACGAGAAGCAACACUCACAUGUGUAGUUCAUGAUCUAGGUGCAUAUAAGGUCGCGUGGUUGCGGGUUGAUACUCAAACCAUUCUGACGAUACAAAACCACGUGAUUACAAAGAACAAACGGAUUGGCAUCAUUUACACGGAGAAGAAAACCUGGCAAUUGCGGAUACGAGACAUCCGUGAGAGCGACAAAGGAUGGUACAUGUGCCAAAUUAAUACCGAUCCGAUGAAGAGCCAGAUGGGAUAUUUGGAUGUUGUAGUGCCGCCUGAUAUUUUGGACUAUCCUACCAGCACCGAUAUGGUGGUGCGAGAAGGGAGCAACGUAACUUUGCGUUGCGCAGCGACAGGAUCCCCAGCACCUGCAAUUGUGUGGCGACGAGAAGGUGGCGAAAACAUAUCGCUACAAGAUGGGGAAUUAGUUCCAUCUAUUGAGGGACCGACGUUCAGUAUUCCAAAAGUGAAUCGAUUGCACAUGGGCGCUUAUUUAUGCAUUGCAUCGAACGGUGUUCCACCUUCAGUCAGCAAGCGUGUCAUGCUGAUAGUACAUUUUCCUCCAAUGAUUUGGGUGCCAAAUCAGCUUGUAGGAGCAGUCGAAGGGCAGCGGAUGACAUUGGAAUGUCACUCGGAAGCGUAUCCCAAAUCGAUCAACUAUUGGACACGGGAAAAAGGAGACAUUGUCCCACAAGGUGGCAAAUACGAACCGGUGCUGAUAGACAACGCAUACAAAGUGGUGAUGAAGCUGAGCAUCAAGGUUGUGAGCCAGGCAGAUUUCGGAGCGUAUAAGUGUAUUGCUAAAAAUUCCCUCGGGGAAACGGACGGCACUAUCAAACUCUACAAACUUCCGAAAAGUGCAAUCAAUUCGCUCGACUCGCAUGAAGGACGGAGAAAGAGUAAGUAUGAUAAAUCACGCAAAGGACACGCGUUUUACGAAACCAAUGAUGUUCUUGAAGAUGAUACCGAAAGUUCGAAUUUAAUCGUUGGUGGGCGGAAUGAUGAAAGUUACGAAAUAUCAAGCUCCGUCGCGUUCUGCUUUCCACUCUACCGGCUCCACACAUUGCUAUUCGUGUCGUUUUCACUACUUUUAACUGCAUUGCAGCCGACAGUAUGACGCUUGUAAUGAAUAGCUUACUAUUUAGGUUCGGAAGGCUAGGGUUGCUAACAUGUAAGUAGUUGUUCUUGUAAUCGAACAUGAUGGAUGAAUGAGACUGCUUGAACGAUUAGCUAAAUUAUAAAUAUACAACCAGAGUGAAUGCAAAAAAAGAAAAUAAUUCUGUAAAUAACUCCAAACGUUAAGCGAAAAAUAGUCUUGAACCAAAAGCAAAAAUGAAACAUAUCGUUAGGUAAUUGGAAUGUUAUAACACAAAUAUUAGGAGGUAAAUUAUUCUAUAACGAUGUUGUAUUAUACCAGGAAAUAGCAGAGAGAAAAUGUUAUCAUGCUAUUUAUGACUAACAAACGCUAUCAAGUAUGUAUAACAAUUGCCAUUGCCGUGUUUUAAAAUGGUAUAGAAGCUUCCACAUAAGAAAGAAGGAACAGCUUAUGAAUGUAAAUGUUAUCAUCAGCGCAUAUGAUUUUAUCUUCAAGAUAUAAGAGACCUAGACAAAAAACUGUAGUUUUAUUUUAACUGUAAAGAAAUGGGCUGUCACUAUAUAUUAUAUCAGUCGAGGUUGAAAAACGGAAUAGUGUAAGGUACUCUGGGACAAGUUGAACUUCGUGUCAUGAAUGAUAUUUUGCUGAAGCAUAACUGUAAUUCGUCUAAUUUCGGAUAUUAGGUUCAUUCAUGCUGAUAUAAGCCCGGUGCUGUGUGUGC